AUGAUGGUGGUGAUGGUGGUGGUGGUGAUGGUGGUGGUGAUGAUGAUGGUGGUGAUGGUGGUGGUGAUGACGUCCUGGACAUAAAACUCCAUCACACAUUGUCUGCGCUACCUGAUUCAUCAUAACAAUUGUCAUUAAUGCCACCUUAUUCAUCAUAACUAUUAUCGUGAAACGACAUUAUUCAUCGUCAUCACACGUUACUUUCAUGGAAAUGUGACCCCGAAUGAUAAUUAUCGAUUCACGUGGGGUGUGGAUGUCACAAAAAAAGGCACCUGCUUGUUUUCCCAAACCCAAGGGCAUAAAAACGGCGGCGUUUGCCUGCGGUAGCACCCAUUCCCUUGCGCUAACACCGAGCCUGACUCGAGACACAUCAUGGCCAGCGUGGGAGUCUCUCCACUCCUGCCCUGCCUUCUCCUCCUCGGCCUGGCCCUGACGAUGCCCCCCCGCUCGCUGGUCCUCUCGCAGGCCCCGUGGAGUGGGGACCACCAGGGCAGCACGCGCUACGACUUCGCAGUGCACGUGGCCGCAGGCAAGCAGGAGUGCUACUUCGUCCCGGCGCGUCCUGGUGGAGAUUUCUUCUUUACCUUUGAGGUGCAGUGGACGUUGGGCUUCCAGCAGGAGAACGCUGUCAGGGCGUUCGUGCGUAGCCCGUCGGGACGUCUCGAGGCGAACCUGGACGAGAGACAACGUGGAACCAUCGAGUUCCAAGUCACGACUGAGGGCGCCUACGAGGUGUGUGUGGACAACUCGGCGGCCCGCUUCGGCAAGAAGCAGGUCUUCCUGGAGUUGGGGAUCUUCUACAAGCUCGAGGCGGAGCAGCGAGAGGCCGAGGCGGCGCAGCGCAACGACUCCCUGGCCGCUAUCGAGUUCACAUCGCGACACGUGCAGAAGAAUAUGUUUGCCACGUGGCGGCAUUACCACAUGAUGCGCGUGCGUCGAGGCAUCGACAUCUACAUGCUGCACGAGACCGUCGCCCUCGUGGACAUGUGGUCCACGCUGCAGAGCAUCGUCGUGAUCGGCGCCGGCGUCACGCAGACGCUCUUGCUCCGAGCGCUCUUCCGAACGCCCCAGGGGACGCCUCGCUGCUAACUCACAAUUCUCUUGGGACGGGAAGGAGGAACAGGCGGGUACAAAAACAUAGCUCCUCGCUGUGCCGCCCGAUGGAAGAGUGGGACAUUAGGGAUCAUUGAAGUUGUGCCAUGUAAUUGUUUAAUUUACCUGUAGUUGUUGCUUACAUUAGUCGGAAUUAAAAUGUAGUUUUUUUUAUAAAGUAAGCAUUUUUAAAUAUUCCCGUUUAUCGUAUAAUUUCCUCUUUUGUAGCAAAUAUCCUGCAAUGUAGGCAUUUAUGGUGAAUAACGCGGCGAUGAAUAUCAAUAAAGACAA